UCCAAACACUCCAGGAGCCGCCAGCAGCGAGCCGGAGGAGCUGGGACCAGGGAAAACCCGAGAGCAGGGGAGUUUUUCACAGUUUGAUUGGAACAUGGCAUCCAAAACAAAGCAGAGCAAGGAUGCCGAGGCACCUGAAGAAACAAGUGAGACGGAAGACCCUGUCAGGGAGAGGAAGCUGUUCCUGCAGGAGGAGCUCAGGACCGUCACACAGCUCCUGGACACGUACCUGGACAGAGCCCAGCAGCUCCUGCAGGCCAACAAGCGCCUGGAAAAGGAAGCCCAGGACACUUGGGAGCAGAGCCAGUCCUACCUGUCCUGUGGAGCCAAGCUCAGCCGGGACCCCCCGGGCAUGGUGAUCACCCUGAGCCAGCAGAACUGCCGGGACCUGGCCCAAAUCCAGGCUCAGCAGGAGCAGCUGGUGCCGCAGUACGCGGGCAAGGAGCAGGAGGUGAGGAGCGCCCUGCAGGACACAGAGGCCGAGGCCUCGCUGCUGGACACGGAGCUGGAGCAGCUGGAGCCCUGCAAGGAGCAGAAGGUGCAGGCGGAGCAGAAGGUGAAGGCGCUGGAGAGGGAGCUGCGGCUCACCAGGAUCCGCUGUGCCGAGGAGACGCACGGCAUCAGGAGCAAGUUCCUGCAGGACAAGGCGCAGUGCGAGCAGAGCUUCCAGCAGAGGAUGCAGGAGCUCACCUGGGGCGCGGAGGAGGUGGCGCUGCAGGCGCUGAUCCAGCAUGUGGAGCAGGUGAAAGCGGAGAACAGGCUCCUGCGCCAGGAGCUGCUCGGCCUCCUGCAGCACUGCCAGCAGCUCAGGGACACCAGGACACAGCUGCAGGACCAGCAGGAGCAGCUGCUGCGGGAGAUCCAGUGCGCCCAGCGGGCAGCGCUGCUUGCCGCGCCUCGGGGCCCACGCCAGGGACCACCGGCCCUGCUCGCCCGCCAGGGGCGACCACUGGCCCCAAACCACCUGGCCAUGCCCUGGAGGAACUAAACACACCAGCAACCAAACCCUUGGGGCAGUGGGAGCGCCGAGGGCUUUGAGCUCUGGUCACAAGGAUCCGUAAAAUGCAUUUAUGGACUAGAUCAUAGCCAUGUUCUCCUUCUGUCUCUGGGAAAAAAGGUGGCUGUCCCGUCCCUGGAAGGGAACAAGGCCAGGGUUGAAUGGGGUUUGGAGCAGCCUGGCCCAGGGGAAGAUGUUCCUGGCCUGGCAGUGGGGUGAGCUUUUAAGUCCCAUUGUCGUUUGCCAUCCCAGCUGCAAUCUGGGUCAGGAACUCGCUGAAAGUUUGACUGCAAAAGUGUUCCACUUGGGUUGUUCUUCGGGCCAGAAAAAUGAGUUUCCAAGGAUGUUUGCUAUUGGAGGAGCUCGUUAAGCAGCAGGAAUUCCUGAGGGCAGACAGUGUUCUGAUAAGCUCGGGAGGAGCUCAGCACAGGUGCUGCUCAUUGGGGUCUGACCGCAUUUCUGAGAUCACAGAGCAACCCGAGGCUCGGGGAGACAGGAACCACCACCCAUUUAUUUCUGAAAAACCUGGUGUUUCACUCAGGAAACUCUUUAUCCACCCAAACCAGGGGAUUUUCCCUCGCUAGCCUGCACAGCACCUGAGCUCGCCCUGGAGCUGCGAUUCGGGAAUUGCCCACUGGAGGGCAGCAGCGAGCGCGGGCCAGCUGCAGUUCCGGUUGCCACCAGCAGGCGGCAGCACAAGCCCGGCCCCAGGGCUCGGGAAUGGUUCAGGAUGGAGCGACCUUAAAGCGC